AUGAAAAAUAAUAAUAAAAUUAAUAAAAUUAAUAAAAUUAAUAAUGAUAGCAAUGAUAAUAAAGAUAAUGCAAUAAAUCGACUUAUAGUCAUACAGAAUCAUCUUUCUCCUGGAUCAAUCGAUUUAGCUCGAGAAAGAGAAAACCCUGGUUUUGAUGCAUAUAAAAUAAUACAGCGUGAUCCGGAACUUUAUAUUCCUGGUGGUCAUCCUUUUGAUAUGACUUUAAAAGAACAACGUGAACUUGUCAUGAAACAAAUUUUACGUUAUCAAAAAACUCGUCAAGCGUUAAAGAAUGAUCCAUUAUUGUGUAGAGCAUUGGAAUUAACGAUGGGGACAUAUUCAGAAGCGUUCUGGAUGAGAAUUUAUGUUCAUGAUACUUUAUUUCGUCAAGCAUUUGAGAUGUUUGGAACUAAAGAACAAUAUGGAUUAGAAACCACAGCAACAUAUGAUAAAACAACUAAAGAAUUUAUUAUAAAUUCACCAACAUUAGGAUCAACCAAAAUAUGGAUAGGAAUGGCGGGUCAAACAGCAACUCAUACAGUAGCAUUAUGUCAAACAAUAAUUGAUAAUAUAAAUUAUGGAAUUAAUUGGUUUAUAGUACCAUUAAGAGAUAUUCCAACUGGUAAACCAUUACCAGGUAUUAUAGUUGGUGAUUUAGGAGCUAAAUAUGGUAGACAUGGAUUAGAUAAUGGUUGGAUUCAAUUUUGUCAUAAAAGAGUACCAAGAGAAUAUAUGUUAAUGAAAUGGUCUAAAGUAACUAUUGAAGGAAUUUUUAUUCCUUCCCCUAAUCCUGCUUUAUCUUAUAUCACUUUAAUUGGUGAAAGAUUUUCUGUACUUUAUGGAGCUCAAAAUGCAUUAGGUCAAGCUUUGACUAUUGCUUGUAGAUAUGGUUGCAUUAGAAGACAAGGUACAAAUAAUGAACAAAUUAUGGAUUAUCAAUCUCAUUAUGUAAAUUUAAUGCCCGGUGUUGCUAUAAUAUUAAAUCGAUGGAGUCAAGCUACAAAAUUGGCUCAAACAAAUCAAUCCGAAUUUUUAGAGAAAAUAAAUGAUUUUCAUGCAAUUUCAUCUGGAUUAAAAGCAACAUUAACUUGGUGGGGAAGUGAAGUAUUAGAAAGAGUUCGUCGAUCUAUGGGUGGUCAUGCUUAUUCUGCUUAUAAUACUAUUGGACCUGCCAUUGCUGAUUGGGGUGUAACUACUACUGGUGGGGGGGAUAAUUUUGUUUUAUUACAACAAACAGCGAAAUAUUUAUUGGACAUUUUUAAGAAUAUUAUUGUUAUUCAAGGAGAGGAAGGAAAAAGGAAAAAAAUUGGAUCAUCAGUAAUUUAUUUAAAUGGUUUUCAAAAAUAUAUGAAAAUUACUCAAUGUAAUUUGUCUAAUGAAAAUCAAUUAUAUGACUUGGAUUUUACAUUAGAUAUCUUUACCUGGUUGUUAAAUGGUGCUCAAGCAACAUCAUCUUUAUGGAAUGAUAAUCAAAUUGGUAAUAGUGAUAGUAAUAGUUAUUAUUUUAAUAAGAAUCAAAUUAAAAUGAUAAAAAAUGUUUAUUUGGAAAUAUGUAAAGAAACAAGAAAAAUAGUUAUACCUUUGGUAGAUGCUUGGGGAUUUCCUGAUUUUAUAUUGAAAGCUCCUUUUGGAAGGAAAUCGCAAGGUAUUAUCAAGAGUUUAUUAGAAAAAAUAAUUGAAUUUAAGUAA